AUGCCCCUGGAGCAGUUGCGCCGGGACCCGGUGCUGUGGGCCGCCUACAACCGCGGGUGGGACGACCGCACGGCGGUAUUCCGCAGUGUGAUGGACGUACCACCAGUGGAAACGCACCGGUCCCGGAGCCCGAGACGGCACGCACCACCAGCGGGUAUGCCGCGACCGCCCGCGAUUCCCCCGUCUGCGCACCUCUUUCUCCCACCCCCCCUACCCUUGAUGGCCACGCCCGUCCCACGGCCGCCGUUACUUUUAACAGCACCAACAGCAAUGACAACGGCGACGACACCGACGACAACAGCGGUGACAGCGGUGGCAACGACGACGACAGUAGCGACACCACCGCCAGCGAGGAACUACCGCCUACGCCGAAACGCGACCAGGAUGGCUGAAUUCCGGUCGGCGAAGAGGAGGACCGCCGGGGACGGGCCAUCACAGCAGUUUCGACUGAAAAAGGCGACACCAACAACCACCCCUACGUCAUCAACCACCACCCCUACGUCAUCAACCACCACCCCUACGCCAUCAACCACCAACCACCAUCCCAACGGCACCAGGUCCACAGCCCACGGAGGAAGCGAUCUCACCAGUCGCCGAGGCCAGGUAAGCAUACCUACCGGAACCGUCGGAGCCCCGGAACAGCCAACACCCGCCCCCACCACACCGGAUGAUAUGGAAAUAUCGCCGGAGGAGGAGGCGGAGCUGUUGGCAGACGGUGACGUCGCCGAUCCCGAGGACGUGGACAUGGAGGCCGUCUACGACAUAGCCAUCCUAGGAUACCUCGACGAAUCCGCACCACCACAACCGGAGUAG